AUGACGCAGCUGGGCGAAACAUGGGGCGGCGGGAGUCCUGCACACGGGGACACCCUGAAUCCUUGGGACACUUUGCGCACUUCCGGUGGCAGUUCCUGCGGCGAGGGCGCUUUGUUGGGUGCUGGUGGCUCACCUUUUGGCAUCGGCUCGGAUGUGGGCGGCAGCGUUCGGAUUCCUGCGUCGUUUUGUGGCAUCUGCGCGCUGAAGCCCACGGCCUUUCGUAUGACUUUCAACUGGGAGACGGGGCAGACGAUCCUCGGACAUGCAGGAGACUACGGGGUCCCUGCAACACCUGGGCCCAUGGCGCGGCAUGUGGAAGAUUUGAUCGAGGUCUGUGCAGCCGUCUGGGACACGCCGUAUUACGACUCAGACAUACGUAUUCCACCUUUGCCGUUUCGCAGAGAGGCGACAGAGGUCAAAAGACCNNAUCGGCUGGUAUACCCACGGCUACGUGUACCCAGAACCUUGCAGGUCAGUCGUGCGUGCUGUGGAGGAGACGAGAGACGCAUUGGCCGCAGCCGGUCACACCCUCCUUCAUGUGCAGCCCUGGGAGGCUUGCUCUCUGGCUGA